CUUGGGCUCCGCACCGCCAUGGGUGAGUACAUUCAGCAGGGCAUGCCCGAAGAGAGAUCUGGGGCGGGCACUUACGCACCAGUCCCACCGGCGCUCCUGGCAAAGACAGACCUCGUGCGAAGCCUCUCGGACCCCGGCGUAUCGGGGCUCGUGUCUCUGUCGGAUUUUGAAAAUCUCUCGGAUCUAGACUCCAUGGAGUAUGGCAUGGACUUGCUCGACACUCCGCUUGCCAACUCGACCCCGGCCGACACCCCGCCGGCCUGCUCGACCCCGGUCGACCCUCUGGCCGGCGAUCCGGCUCCAGGUGACGCCGCGCCCGUCAAGAUGGCGCCAAAUCCCAUGUCGACCGAUGAUUCAGCACAGGGCGCCCCGGUCGACGAGGCGAUGUCUGGCACUUGGCCCGUUCCAAAUGCCCCGGCCAGUGGUCCUGAGGCAGUGACCUUUGCUCCGCACGAUGAGGGCCAGGAUCGGGCGCCCUACUCGCGGGAGGGCAAUGCCCGGAAUCUCCUGAGCUCCGGGCCUUCAUUCAUGCGCCUGACCAUCACAGAUGUGUCGCCAGUGACUGACAUCCUCGAUCCGAGGUACUCCGGUGAUUGGUCCACCAAGCAGCGGGCUGUUUCCGUCUAUCACCCCGGGGUCCAGCGGGAUCUGGAGGUGCUUCUUCGCGAUGACUGGGCCUCCCUGCCUCUGGAGGUUGGGCUCUCGGUGCAAAUCAUUCCGCGGCAGUUCUUCAGCCAGGAUAGCCUCCCCACGCGGUCGGUGGCCCGAGCAUAUCACCUCUUCGAGAGCGCGCUCCUCGGCCAGGCCUCCGAUGUCAUGGGCGAGGCCUUGGCAUUGCCGCUGGUUGUCGACAAUGAGGGCGGCCUUCUCAUUGUCAAUCCCGACUUCCUGUUCCCCAGCGGAGAUCUCGCACGCGCACACUGCAGCCGCCAGACGGUGCUCAAGAAGUAUUUCGGCUCGAAAUUCACGGGAAGUACCGAUUCCCUCCGAGGGUCGAUGGUUCAUUUGAUGGUGCAGCAAAUCUUGAUGUCCGGCAGGCGGGAUGCUCCGUUCGAGGAGCAGCUCAUCAAAGACAUCAUCGAAGACAACCGCAUCAAGAUUUUCUCGCUCGGCUACACGCUCGACGUGGCGGCCAACCUCCUGCGACAAUAUCUACUCGGCGUUCGGCAAUGGAUGGACAAGCAUUGCGCCCUGGCUGGACCGGUUGUGGAUGAGAAGUUCCCGGCCAAGGCCAAGGCCAAGGCCAACUCCAUGGCCCUGUCUGAGAACCUGAUCCUCCGGCUGCUGAACAUCGAGGAAAGCCUGGUGUCCCCAUUGCUCGGCUUGAGCGGAUUCGUCGAUGCCAUGGUGGAGUAUCAGGUUGAUGGGGGCGGAGUGCAAGUGGCCCCGCUGGAGGUGAAGACUCGCGGGACCAUGUCCUCCAUGCAGUACUUCCUGAACGACUUCGAAUCGCAGCUGGCCAUCUAUUCGCUACUGGCAUCCGAGCGGUAUGACCAGCCGGUUGUCUCGGGCCUGCUGUAUGUGCAGGUGGUGCACCAUCGAUCCUGGGGUGGCAUCCCCUCCGGGGAGGCCUCCUCGACAGGUGACCAGAGCUCCCAGCCCCCUCACAGUGAGUCCAUCUACCAUCCUUUCACGGCCACCUGGGAGGCCAUCAAGGAGCUGCUCAUCAGGCGGAAUGAGCUUGUCUCCUUCUUGCAGGAUUCCCGGCCUCGCUUUCCGGAGCCGCUGUCGGCCUCCUUCCACCGGACUUGCGAGAGGUGCGACCUGCGGCAAGCGUGCCUGCUGGCCGGGCGCAUGCUCGAGGGCGGGGCCCCCUUCGACCAGAUGGCCAUCACCACGGCCCUCGUGGAAAUGGAUGAGGAGCUCCGGGAAAAGAGCACCCCCGCGGUGUCCCUGGCCGACGGACGUCCCGGCGACUCCGCAGGCCAAACCCCCGGCAGGUCCCCCACACCGAAGGUGCCCUCGGCACGCGCCUUCCUCGGGACACUGGUGCCCGAUCACAAUCGGGCAGCGCACCGGCUGGCCGGGACAAGCACCUCGCAAACGCUGUCCCUUACCGGGACGCAGACAUCUGCCGGAGGCGCGCCGCCUGGAGCCACCUUGCCGGAGUCGCUUCUCGUGGGCCCGGUGCAUGAGGCUCUCCUGCAGGCCAUGCGUCGGCGGCACCUUGCCACGGAUGGGAUCCAAGCGGCGGUCCUGUCGCGCGAUGCCGCCAUCACGAGCGCCCCGGCUUCCGGCGGCCUCGGCAUCUUCCCCGAGCCGGAGGCUCCGCUUCGACCGGGGCAAAUCCCCCGGCCGGUGCCGAGCAGCCACAGUCGCUUCGUCGGGUUGCACUAUCUGGCCGAGACGAGCGCCGUGACCGAGGAGCAUGGGCGCUUCCUUCGGCACUGGCUGCAGUUGGUCGAUGUGGAGGAGUCCCUCCGGGACCAGGCCACGGCCUCCGAGGAGGAUUCCUUCUGGCAAACUCCCGCACAUCGGCGCGCGGCGCUCGGCUUUUCGCUGGAUGGUUUGGAAUUCGGCAGCCUGGUCACGCCGGGCAUGGGCUCCGGCCCGGGGCGUUCCCCGAAGUUCCAUCGCUAUUCGGAUCCCACAUUGCCGCUCAACUCCGGGAGGACGCCGCGCGAUCUGCUUUACCGCUUCCGGCUUCACUGUCCGGCUGGCUUUGUGGCGGCGGCGGCGGCGGCGGCGGCGGCGGCGGCGGCAUCGACCCCGGCCGCCGUCUCGGCCUCCGGGCCAGGCCCCAUGGCGAGGCCCGACACCGGCCCCAAUGCCUCCCUCGCCCGGUGGCCAGCCAGCGCGGCGCUGUUGACGCGAGUGCUGGUGGCCGGGCUGGCGGCCGAGCUCGGGCCCGACUUCCUGGGGUUCUUCCAAACGAUGGCCGUCCGAGGCCGAGCCGGGCCGGGAGUCCGCCGCGGGCGAGCCCCCUCCGGCCUGCCGCUGGACUUGGUGCCCCUCGGGCCGGACGAGCGGGGGACCCUCCGGCGGCUGCGGCGCCGGGCGCGGGCCAUCUUUCUGUCCUCCUCCACCGCCAGCUGGCUGUCCAACAUCUUCAAGCGCAUGUACAUGGGGAAGGGCUACACCUUGAGCGCCGGCGACUCGAUCGGCCUCGCCACAAUGUAUCUGGAGGGUGCGUGGCUUGACCGGGGCCGGCGCCUUGCCGACACCAAUGACAUGGCCUUCACCCGGGUGGCCGGUGUGCCAAAUGGCCCGGCCGGGGCCGGCCUUGCGGGGGAGCUUCUUCUGGCCGAGUGGCUGAGCCAAGUGCUUGGCUUCCGCCCGGUCUUGGAAAUCAACCUCUCCACCAAGCACAUCUUCCGGCCGCCGCCGCUGCUGCUGGCUGGGUCGAGUUCCUCGGGCCGGCGCUUUGCCGGGACCGAAGAUCUACCGGACCUGGAGGACAUCUGCGAGCCGGUUUCCCCCGGAGGACCGACCCUUCGCGAGCGGCCGCUGUUGUAUCGCCUGGAGGCCUGGAGUAGCUCCAGUUUCCGUCAAACCGCCCAGCGCCAGGCUCUGCUCGAUCUGUUCGGCUUCUCCGGAGCUCAACGCCUUCGCGAGCUGGUGGUCGACUUGGAAGCCCCGCGCUUCUCGGCCGUGCCCACAUUGACCGAGAUUGCCGAGUAUCUUCCCCAAGCCGAGGACCCGGCGCUGGUGAAUGACGACCAACAGCUGAUGCUCCGCAAGGCCCUGGCCGUCCAAGACUACAUGCUCGUGCUGGGCAUGCCUGGCGCCGGCAAGACGACAACCAUCUGCUGGCUGAUUCUCCUGUACCUGCGGCGCUUCCCGAAUGCGCGAGUUCUGGUCGCCUCGCACACGCACUCGGCCGUUGACAACAUCCUGCGUAAGCUCCUGGACUUGGAGCCCUCCUGCCCUAUCAUGCGCAUCAUCUCCGACUUCACCUCCACUGGCAUGCACGCCAGCAAUGCCUCCGGCACCAUGGGCUCCGGCGAUGCCCCAGCCUCCCCCCACAUCGAGGACCAGUCACCUGUGGAUCCGGUGGUGCUGCAGCACACCAUCCAGGCGAAGAACUUCGGCUCGCUGGCCGAAUACCAGGCAUUCCUGGCAUCGGUUCGGGUUGUUGGCUCCACGUGCUUGAGCUGCAAAAAUCAACACAUGGAUGAGGUUGGUCGCUUUGACUUGUGCAUCAUCGACGAGGCAUCGCAGGCGCAGCUGCCGCAGGCUCUGAUGGCGGCGCACCGAGCGGACUGCUUCAUCAUGGUCGGCGACCUCUAUCAACUUCCGCCAGUCGUCCAGUCGAGCCUGGCCAAGAAUCAGCCCGCCGGCGGUGCCCCGGGCGCCGGCCAGGAGGAUGGUCUCGAUCAGAGUCUCUUCCGUCGACUGGCAUCGGCCCAUCCCAGUGCCAUUCUCUCUCUCAGUCGACAAUACCGCAUGAAUGGCCCGAUUCGCCAGCUGUCCAACCAACUGGUGUAUGGCGGCCGGCUGCUUGCCGGGUCGGCCCGCGUCGAGGCCACGACUCUCCGCUGGCCCGGGGACUUUACUCGGCUCCCCGGUGACUUGGAUCCCUCGCAGUUGCUGGCGGGCUCCGAGGGCCGCCACGCUCGGGCCAUUCCCACCCCGACUCCUGGGCAACCUUUCAGCGCCUUGGGCGCGGUGUUGCCCCCGGGGCUCGAAGCCAAGGGCGCCGACCUAUGCAGCAUGCUUGGCCCAGAUCUACUCAACCGUCUGGUUGGCUGCUGCGGGUGCUGCGCCGAGAGCCCCGGCGCCGGCGCCGGCGACGGCUCGAGCCCCGAGGCCUGCUGGCUGUCAGCCAUCCUCGAGCCAGGCCACUCGGUGAUCUUCCUGGACACGGAUCGCCUGGCCGAGAUGGAUCAAAACAUGCUCGAGCAACACUCGCAGGCAAGCUCCAUGUCGGUGGUGGAUGAUUUGCUGAAGGCCCUGGCGGAUGAUGGUGCCCCUCCUUCCCUCCCCUCGGCAGAUGGUUCUGCCAAUGGCCAGACAGAUUGCCCCUCCGCCGGUCACCCGUCCGGCCGGUCCGGCGGUCUGACCACCAACCUCGGGGAGGCUCUCCUGGUCCGUGAGGUGGCCCUGGCCCUGCUGCGUGCCGGGCUAGACCCCAAUUCCAUCGGCGUGAUUGCCACCUACCGCGCCCAGCUGUCGAUCAUUCAGACGGUCAUGCACUCGGCCGACUACACGGACCCCGAUACCGGGACCACCUUUUCCAGCCAGCCGCUGGCAGCUGGCGCAGGCAUGCGUCCGGCCGUCGGGGGUGGCCUGUCUGCCUCGGCGGCUCCCCUCUCGGCUACCGGCGUCCAUGGCACCCAGCUGGCCAUCCUCUCGCAAACACAGUCGCAAGCGGGCGCCGCGUCGGGGCCCGCUGCGGGAAUGGCCUGCCUGGUGGACGGUGGCCCCCCGACCAAGAAGAAGGCCAGCUUCUCCGACAUGCUGUCCCUUGUCGAGGUGAACACGGUCGACAAGUACCAGGGCCGCGAGAAGGAGGUGGUUGUGGUGUCUUUCACCCGGUCGAACAGCACCGGCGCCUUCGGCGAUCUCCUGAAGGAGUGGCGUCGAGUGAAUGUGGCCAUCACCCGCGCCAAACGCAAGCUCGUGCUCGUGGGCAGCGGCCGGACUUUGGCCCACAGCCGUCUGAUGGAGAUGGUCCUGCAACAUGUGUCCCACAGCCCUGGCUGCCGGGUGGUUUCGGCGCCGCCCACCGGCGCCACCCUCGCCCAGGGCCCCUGCCUGCCGGUGCUUCCCAUUCCGCUGGACCUGCCCCCCUUCAGUCCCACAGCCAGCCCUCCAGGCUGUGGUGCAAGCACACAGCCCGAUCUCCAAGACAGCCCGGCGUCGCUGGCGGAAGAUGGCCUUCCGCCGGGGCUGGCACCUGGCAGCCCCUUGGCGCCCUUGCCCUCGGCGCCAGAUCUCCUGGGCUCUGGCAGCGGCUCGUUCCUCUCCCUGCCCAGCCUGGAGUCCCUCACGGCCGAGCAGUGCGUUCACUGGACACGCCGGGGGGCGGCCCGGGCCCCUUCGAGGACCGUGGUCCGGACAUCAUGCGACGAUGCACGUGACCCGCCGUCCCCAUGCACGGGAUCCAAGCGCGCUCGGACUGCAGAAUAGUCCCCCGAUAGCCAUCCGUGCCCCCGGGUCUCGCGGGGGCUACGUUGCUCGGUGUCAACAUAGAAGAAGGGCCCCCCCCCGGCCUGCGAGCCGCGUUUUCGUGGGGUGGGCACUUCCUUCCCGAGAGGUCCCCGGCUCCCCCCCCCCCCCCC